UAAAUGUGCUGAACUGGAGGAGGAGCUGAAGAACGUCACGAACAAUCUGAAGUCUCUGGAGGCCCAGGCUGAAAAGUACUCUCAAAAGGAGGACAAAUAUGAAGAAGAGAUCAAGAUCCUGACAGACAAGCUGAAAGAGGCUGAGACCCGAGCUGAGUUUGCUGAGAGAUCUGUGGCCAAGCUAGAGAAGACUAUAGAUGAUCUGGAAGAUGAGCUGUAUGCACAGAAACUCAAGUACAAAGCCAUUAGCGAGGAACUGGACCACGCCCUCAAUGACAUGACCUCCAUCUAAACGUCCAGAAGCUCCACCAUCCUGUCCGGUUGUGGUUUUUAACACUCUGAACUGCUGAACAUCAUCUCUUGGCUACAUUUCUUUCUCUGUCUGUCCCUCGCCCCAUUUAUUCUGUUUCAUCCACCUUUCCUCAUUCCUCAACUUGCUGAGCUGUUAAAAUAUGUGUGUGCCUGUUGUACUUUGUUUUUAGCACUUUCUCAAUGUAUCUGCUGAACUUUUCAAUCAGUCAUCUAUUAGACAUUGUUUAUUGUAUGUUUUCUGUUUACGGGUGUCUGAUUUCACUCUGUUCUGUACCAGUGUUAAACAUGGGAGGGGAGAAAUGCA